GACAGUCAUGUGAUGUCAUCAGGCGGCGUCACGCUUCUUCGUCGGCUGUGCUGUGAUUCAUCAGAGAACGACAGAGAAACUCCUGCUGAAGCGACUGAGCUCCACUAUUAUAAAGAUGGCCUUUAUUAAAGAGGAGAGUGAAGACCUGAAGAUUGAGGAAACAGUCAGAUAUGAAGAUGCUGAGCAACAAACAGAUCAGAUGCAUUUGAAUGAGGAUAUUGAAGAACUGGAUGAUGUCAAGGAAGAGAAAGAUCUAGAGGAGGAACAACACUCCACGUCUGGCAAAACCCCUUUAGGUUCUCAGACUGAAAGUACGUCACAGAAAACCGCCCAGAGUGGAAGAGCUGCAAGUUGUUUCAUCUGCCAACAGUGUGGGAAAGGUUUCUCUACAAACAGAAAACUGAACAUCCACAUGCGAAUCCACACCGGAGAGAAGCCGUUCGCCUGUCCACAGUGUGGAAAAUGCUUCGCUGAGAAGGGCAACCUGAAAAGCCACAUGAUAACCCAUGAGGACACUGGAGAAAGACCCCACACAUGUGAGCUGUGUGGGAAAAGCUUCUCCAGAAAGAGAUAUCUUGAUGUCCACAUGAUGAUUCACACUGGGGAGAAACCUUGCCGAUGCGAACAGUGCGGGAAAAGCUUCUCGAUCAAGAAGUACCUCGAUGUUCACAUGAGAAUUCACUCCGGGGAGAAACCGUACACCUGCCCCCAGUGUGAAAUAAGCUUCAUUCACAAAAACAGCCUGAAAAGGCACAUGAGAAUUCACACCGGGGAGAAACCUUUUGCGUGUCCGCAGUGUGGAAAGCAGUUUACGAGAACCACGAACCUUGAAGUUCACAUGAGAGUUCACACUGGGGAGAAACCGUACGAAUGUGAGCAGUGCGGAGACUCUUUUACUACACACAAAAAACUCGAAGUCCACAUGAAAACUCACACCAGAGAGAAGCCUUAUGAUCAGCGUGAAGAAACAUAUGACAGUCAUACCAGUAAGAAGCCUUACAUUUGCCCUCAAUGUGGGAAACACUUCAAACACAAGUCAACACUUACUCUCCACAUGAGACUUCACACCGGAGAGAAGCCUUACACGUGUGAACAGUGUGGGAAAAGCUUUUCUCGGAAAGACUGCUUUGAAAGCCACAGGAGAAUUCAUAUGGAUGUGAAGCCUUACAUUUGCCCUCAAUGUGGGAAAGAUUUUACCCUUAUCAGGUCGUUUAAUCUGCACAUGAGAACUCACACCAGAGACAAGCUUUUCACGUGUGGUCAGUGUGGGAAAAGCUUUGUUCAGAAAUGCAACCUUGACAGCCACAUGAUCAUUCACACCGAAGAGCGGCCUUUUGUGUGCUGUCAGUGCGGAAAGUGCUUCAGAAGCAAAUCAAACCUUAAGUCCCACAUGAAGGUUCACUCAAAAGAGAGCCGUUAUAUGUGCCGCCAGUGCGGGACGAGUUUCCCGGACGGCGGUCAGCUUAGAGAUCACGUUAAAACUCACAUCGGAGAGAAGCCCUACAUGUGCCUUGAGUGCGGAAGGUCUUGCACUAAGAAAACAAGCCUCAAGAUUCACAUGAGGAUUCACAGCGGAGAGAAGCCGUUCACCUGCUUGGAGUGUGGGAAGUGUUUUUCUUGUAGCAAGGGCCUGAAGUUUCAUUUACAAAGUCAUUUUGGAAUAAACCUUAAAAUGGAACCAAUUACGCACCAUUCAACUUGAACUGAUGUGUUUCCACAACCAGCAAACCACAGAGGUCACCAAUCUCGGACCUGGAUCGCUGGUGUGCCUGCAGAGUUUAGCUCCAACUUGCCUCAAUACACCUGCCUGGAUAUUUCAAGUAUACCUAGUAAGACCUUGUUUAACUGUGCUUGAUUAGAGUUGGGGCUAAAUUCUGCAAGACACCGGCCCUCCAGGAACAAGUUUGGUGACUCCUACUGGGAACCUUAAAUGGAUGUUGUCCAUUUUUGGGAUGUGGUGCUGGUCCGUACUUAAUGCCUGCCAGAACCUGGUGGUUUUUAACUCUGGUCCUGUGGUCCCACCACACUGCAUGUUUUUUGUGGCUGUCUUAUGUGACAUACAGCUCAGUCCAUGCUUCUCUCUGAUAAUAAGCUGAUGAUCCAUAUCUAGUGUGAUGGAUUAAGGCAGGGGUGUCCAAACUUGGCCCUCAAGGACAGAGUUUGGACACCCCUGCCCUAAGAUUAGAAAAACCACUGAAUUUGAUCUCAACAAUUACACCAGGGGUGA